AUGAAAGCUCAGGGAAAUGUUAGAAAACAAGCAUCCUCUACUAUAAGUGCUGGAUGUGUCCCUAUCACCUUUUGUCUCUUCGACAUCCCUUCCAUUGGCUUCGCAGCGCUCGUUUCUACGCCAUUCAGUACUACUGAUAGCAAGUACACUGUUGCCGCACUCACCAUCGACACCAGCUCCAAAUCUAUGAUUAGCUUGGCAGGAAGCUUCAAAACGUGUCACCCUGCCUUGAUUUCAAACGCAGACAUUGUCCCAUCCAUGUCUACAUCACCGCCACCAUCUGUUCUGUCAGCCGAGCAGGGCCAAACCAUGGGGCGUUGCCGCUUUGCGAGGGAGGAUGAGCUGGAAAAGACACUUGACGAGGUGAAUUGCCUUUACUGGGGCACAUCAUUGCUCGGUAUGGCAUACACCUUCAUUGAUGAGAUGAUCAAGACUGGCAAUGUGAGCCAAGAUGUUGUGGUUGAGUUACCACGUCUAAGGCUGGUUCGUGCGGUGCUAGCCAUUCCCGACGACCCCAACAACGGCCUCGGCGCAAACUAUCUCAUCGAGGAGCGGAUUAGCGGAAAAUUCGUCAAGGUAGAGAAGCAGUCAUCAGGACUGUUUUUAUGCUUUGUUCAACACGUGCAAUAUCACCUUACUAACAACAUGGUAUAUCUAUCUGAUUUCAAAGGUUCUGGUAACCUCCUUACAGAUUGCCAAGUGCUAACAGGCUCGUGA